UUUCUCUUUUCUCUCCCUACUGCAGUGAACCUUGAGCCCUGAAUCUUCAAGGGAGCCUGGGAAAAGGAUCUUCCCUUCCUGCUGUCCCCCAGUGCUUGCUAGUUGAGCCCCACGCCAAGUACCCCUCCUCUGACCUAAUAGGAGCAGAACAACUCCGGGGGGUGGCAGAAAGGACAGGGGGUGGGGAAUCUUGGAUAGAUUAGAUUCUUGCCUCUCUUUCCCCUCCACCUUUUCAGAGCUUCAGCAGGGCAGGAAAAUAGAAAUCAUUAGCUCCCUGAAAUUGUGGUGUUUGAGAGGGGAUUGUGCACUGUGCACAUGCCAACUCCGCCAUAAUUCACAGCCUCUCUAAACCCCUCUGUUAGCACACCCGCUCCCCUCUUCCCCCCAUCCCUUAAGACACCUGAACUGAGCUGCCAAGAUUUGGCACAUAGCAGCAUCCCACUGCAACAUCUGGACAGGACUGAGUCCCAGAGAUACCUGUUUGCUUGGGUGUAGCUCUCCCAGGCUCCAGAAGGAGACAGAACUGAGAGCAGGUAUGGUUGGAGCAUGAGGCAGAAGAUCCAUCUUGGAGGGAGUAAAGUGGGAGAGAGGCUGUAACAGAGAGAGGAAAUAAAAGAAAGUGUGUGAGGGAGAGAGGGGGGAAGCUCUAACAAAUGAUAGAAAGAGAGAAAAGGAGGGGCAGAAAGAAAAUAAAGGGAAAGAACAAGGAAGAAAUAAAUGACGUGAUUAAAAGAGUGAAAGAGCAAAAGAGGGGAGGAGAGACAGUUGAAAGGGUUGCACAAAGAGGGAUAGAGAAAAGGAGGGAGCUCUUCCCAUGUACCCUAUGGCAAUGAUGACUCUCUGCGGCCCCUUGCUUCCUAUCCGGAGCAAAUGAGGCAGGAGUUGUCUGCCCUGGUGCGGAGUCUUUGUGCUUGAUUUUCUUACUCUGCCUUCGGCUCCCAAGGUGGGAGGCAUGAUGCAUCGUGGAGGGGGCAGCAGUGUGGGAGACCUGUCAGAGUCCACCCUGCACAACAACUCAUUGUGGUGGCUGGCAUGUGGACUGCUGGCUCUGCUAGCCAACUCCUGGAUUAUUCUGAGCAUCACAGCCAAGCAGCAGAAGCACAAACCUCUGGAGCUGCUGCUGUGCUUUCUAGCUGGGACCCACAUCCUCAUGGCGGCUGUCCCCCUCACUACCUAUGCUGUGGUGCAGCUGCGGCGCGAGUCCUCUGACUACGACUGGAAUGAGAGCAUCUGCAAGGUCUUUGUCUCCACAUACUAUACUCUUGCCCUGGCUACCUGCUUCACAGUAGCCUCCUUGUCCUAUCACCGAAUGUGGAUGGUGAGGUGGCCAGUAAACUACCGGCUCAGUAAUGCCAAGAAGCAGGCUCUGCAUGCAGUGAUGGGCAUCUGGAUGGUAUCCUUCAUCCUCUCCACCCUCCCCUCCAUUGGCUGGCACAACAAUGGCGAGCGCUAUUAUGCCCGUGGCUGCCAGUUCAUUGUCAGCAAGAUAGGACUGGGAUUUGGUGUCUGCUUCAGCCUCCUGCUCCUGGGAGGAAUCGUCAUGGGCUUGGUGUGUGUGGGCAUCACCUUUUACCAGACCCUAUGGGCACACCAAAGGCACCAGAGAUGUCGUCACCUGCAGACAGAGGAAGCCUCUUCCUGCCCUCCCUCAGCACACAACACCUUCAAUGUGCCAGCCAUCGUUGUAGAGGAUGUCCGGGGCAAGAGGAGGUCAUCACUGGAUGGCUCGGAGUCAGCCAAGACCUCCAUGCAGAUGACCAACCUUAUCAGCGCUAUUGUCUUCCUGUAUGACACACUCACCGGGGUGCCCAUCUUGGUGGUGAGUUUUUUCAGCCUGCGUUAUGAUACCGCUCCUACCUGGAUGGUGUUGGCAGUGCUGUGGUGCUCCAUGGUGCAGACCCUACUGCUUCCCUCUUUCAUCUGGUCCUGUGAGCGCUACCGAGCUGAUGUCCGCACCGUGUGGGAACAGUGCGUGGCCAUCAUGACAGAAGAAGAUGGGGAUGAUGAAGGGGCCUGCGAGGAUUAUGGUGAUGGGCGGAUCUGUAAGGUGCGAUUCGAUGCCAACGGUGCUGCUGCUGUAAAACGAGAUCCAAGGGAAGUCAAGCUGCUACCCAUGAGUCACAUGCUGCUGCCGCAUGACCAGGUGCACUACCUACAGGUCCCCAUCUCCCGGAGAAUGUCCCAUGACGAAACUAGCUUCUUCUCCUCCCACCGCUCCACUCCAUCCUUCCUUCACAAGUGGUCCUCAUCUGAUGACAUCCGAAUUGCCACUCCCCGCAAGCUUGGGGGCCCUGGCUUCCUUCCUCCUGAACUGCGUGACUACCACCAUCGCCGGCGGCCCCCUGAAAAUGAGCUGACCACUCUCAGGCAGUUCCUAGAGGGGGGGCUGGUCCCCAGAGGAUCUGGCUCCAGCGCCUGCUUCUUCAGGGAUGAGAUCACCACGUUCAUCGAUGAGACGCCUCUGCCCUCCCCAGCCUGCAGCCCACGCCACUCCCGCCUCCCACUCGCAUUGCGCCGAGACCGUCGCCUCUCCCUAGGGGGUGCUGAAGAGGGGGAAGAGGGCCCUGAGCGGGCACGGCGCUGCUCACUGUCUGGCAGUGAAGACUGGCAUCUGCAGGACAGACAGCAGGUAUCACAUGAAAGGACCCUUGAAGCCUAUGAGGCACAUACCUUCAGGGAGCUCAAUCUGUGAGAGACUGCAUCAGAGACGUUCACUGCCAUUGGGAUUCUUAAAUACAACUUUCACUGCCCCCGAUCCUGAGACCCAAUGGAUAAUUUAUCUUCUCGUAUUUCUCAACAGCUGGCGGAAACAAGGCCCCCUCUCCAUAUGCUGAGGUGGUUGGGGGACAGCGAGUGCAAAAGGUCUGCACAAAGGAGCCGGGGACAGGAGCAGCCUGUGCCUACUCACAGGUUAUAAACAUGACUUUGGGUGGCCCUCAGUUAGUUCCACCCCUUGUUAGGUCCACACUCUCAUUAGCUCCGCCCAUCACUGAAAAUGCCCCUGAGAGCAGAGGUGGGGACAGAAUAGUAUUAAAAUUCUAUAUUUGGAGUGUCAA